AAGUGGGGCAGAGCAAAGCCCAUUAACUCCUUGUGGUACUUGGGUUUCUUGGUGAAGUCUUUCACAUAAAUAGUGCAGCCUGCUUUCUGUUUCAAGUAGAGAUCAUUGUUUUACUCAGUGGGCAUCACAGUGGCUUGGUCCUGCCAGUCUCUGCAGGAUGUAGUAAAGCUGGAUUAAUUUAGAGGGGGAACCUGAGCAUGUUGCCAGAGCAAGGAUGGUAAAAGGCAAAGAGGAUCCUGGCUAUAGAAGCAGAACAAGGAGCCAUAAGGUGCCUAAACACUAAAAAUCACACAAAAUGCAAAAAACACCCCUGAGACUUCAUCACAGAACAAUGCAGAACACUGGAGGGAGUCCAUCUGAGGUCGUCAGAGCCCUUUCCACAUUAAAUGAGCCUUCAUUGGCACAAGGCACAUGUUGACUGUAGUGGCCACGCCUCCGUCGCUUAAAACUUGCAAUGAAGAGUGCAUCUGUAAGACUGGAGAGGGGAGACUGCAGAGAAGCCUCUGUUCCUUUCAAGGCUCCAUAAAACAUCACUGUGUUCUUCAGAAAGAAUAGGAAAGUGUCCUUUGCUUUUGGUAUGAUGCUGGAAAAGUGUUCCUUCUGUAAGAAAGGGGAAUGUAUCAAACCUGUAAAAGUGGAAAAAAAGCCUGGGAAAGCAGCAGCCAAGAUCAGAAUUGAAGCAGAUGGAAGCUAUUUUCAGAUCAAUCAGGAUGGAGGAGCACAGAAACUGGAGAAGGCUAAAAUUACCCUGAACGACUGUUUAGCAUGUAGUGGCUGCAUCACAUCAGCAGAGAGUGUUUUAAUCACUCAGCAGAGCCAUGAAGAGCUCUGCAAAAUGCUGGCUUUUAACAAGACUGCCCCUCCCAGUGAACAGAAGUUGAUGGUGGUUUCUGUUUCACCCCAAUCCAGAGCUUCACUAGCUGCAAGAUGUAAAAUGGGUGUUCUGGAGACAGCAAAGAAGCUGACUGCCUUCUUGAAGAGUUUAGGUGUGCACUAUGUUUUCGAUACAACCUUCUCAAGAAACUUCAGCCUGUUGGAGAGCCAGCGGGAGUUUGUGAAACGCUUUCGAAAGCAAUCAGAAGACAAAAAGGCUUUGCCAAUGCUUGCUUCUGCCUGUCCAGGUUGGAUCUGCUACGCAGAGAAAACCCACGGCAGCUUCAUCAUUCCUUAUAUCAGUACCACCAAGUCUCCACAGCAGGUCAUGGGCUCCUUGAUCAAGGGCUAUUUUGCAGAGCAGCAGCACUUAACACCCGACCAGAUAUACCAUGUAACAGUGAUGCCCUGUUAUGACAAAAAGCUAGAGGCUUCCAGGCCAGACUUUUUCAACCAAGAGUACCAAACUCGUGAUGUGGACUGUGUAAUCACCACAGGAGAAGUGCUCAAGUUGUUGGAACAAGAAGGAGUAUCUCUAUCAGAUGUAGAUCCUGCUCCAUUGGAUACCAUGUUCAGCACUGCAGAAGAGGAGCUCACAAGCCACUCUGGAGGUGGUUCUGGUGGCUACUUGGAGCACAUAUACAAAUAUGCAGCCAGGGAGCUCUUUGGAAUUCAAGUGGAUACAGUUCAGUACAAACCUUUAAAAAACAAGGACUUCCAGGAGGUGACACUGGAGAAGGAUGGAGCAGUCCUGCUCCAGUUUGCUUUGGCGUAUGGGUUUCGAAACAUACAGAACUUAGUGCAGAAGCUGAAACGAGGGAAAUCACCUUAUCACUACGUGGAAGUCAUGGCCUGUCCCUCAGGCUGUUUAAAUGGAGGCGGUCAGAUCAAGCUCGAUGGUGACUCCAGCAAGGACCAGCUGCAGGAAGUCGAGAGGUUGUAUGAGUCUGUUCAGACUGCAAUUCCAGAGGAGAACCACACUGUCCAGGAACUCUAUGAGCAGUGGCUGGGUGGUGUGGAGUCGGAAAAGGCUCUGAAAGCUUUGCACACGGAAUACCAUGCCGUGGAAAAGACGAGCACUGGAUUUAACAUCAAGUGGUGACACUGGGAAGCCCAGAUACAGACACUCGGUGCCUUUUUGACCCAAUCAUAUUUAAGAUUCUCAAAAGAGAGCUAAAGUUCUGUGCAAUUCCUGAGGGAUGAGGAGGCAAUGUGUGUAUAGGCAGGCAAUCUAAUACCUACAGCUUUAUGAUUAUUGAAGUGAUGUAAAUAAAACCCAAACACUGGCUUAAGACACAUGUCAAAGGAAGCAGUAAUGCAGCCUGGGCUCUACGCAGGAUGAAACCUGCACUCCCUUUACAGCCCUGUUCCUCCCAAAACUGAUGAUUUAAGGUACUGAAGGAUCUGGCUCGCAGUGGGCUGUAACCUCACUGAGAUGAGCUUUAUGCUCCAUGACAGAAUCACUCCUCCAGGCCUUGCUGUGUGUUCACAGCGCUCAUCUUUAUGGCUGUCUCUGCUGCGACACCCUCAGUGAGUGAGAAAUGGUCUCAUUAAGACCUCGGGUUCUGUUUUAACAUUUCACUGCCCUGAGGCCCUGUGGUGCCCUUGCCCUGUCGCAGGGGGUGGUACCAGCAUCCCAGGAGCAGCAGCAUCUCUGGGGCUGCUUUUUGCCUCCUCAGAUGUGAAUUGAAUGUGGAAGAAAAAGCUAAGAGUGACUUUUUUCCCUUUAAUUACAACUGUCUAUAGCUGUGGGUAAUUACAGCUUUCUCUCCCUAAAUACACAGUGGAGGGAGUCAGAAUUGGCACAUCUACCCCAUCCUUGACAGCAGUUACUGAUGGAUAACGUGAUUAAAGUCAGAGAAAACAGUAUUUUCAGUGUUUUAGGAAUUGCCAGCUUGCUUUCCAAGGAAGGACAAAGCCCUUGGUGUCUCUGAAAGGUGUUACUGCACAAGAGUUACUAGAAGGCGCCUGUGAGAUGUAAUCACUACAAGUAGUUUACCAGAGCAAUCCAAGAGGUUAGUAAAGCACAUCUGGUUUAAUGCAGCGUGUUGUGAUGCUUUGCCAGAAGACAAAUGGAUGUGAAAGAGCUUUGGGCAGUUGUUGCUGGGGGUGAUGUGUGCCUCUCGCACUGUAUUUAUACAUGUGGGUGUUUUCAGAGCUGUUCACUGAAAAACAACUGAAUUCUGAACUGGUUUGGUCUAUUUAAUGUGAAUGACCAGUUUGCUGGAGCUCCAGUGUGUGUGGGGAGGGAAACAUGUGCAGGAGGAUUCACAACUGUACCUGAACUCAAGGGGACGCUGGUAGAUGUGGGAUCUCUCCUGGUGGCUGCUGUAGCUGGAAGUGAGCAGGAUACUGAAGAACCACAUUCCUGAAUCACUUCAGUGUUUCCAGUUCCUGCUCUGUAAGGACUCUGCAGAGAGUAAAGUGGAUGAAAAGCGCCCCAUUGCUUUGUUCCUUCAGAGUAAGUGCAGCCAGAGGGAGCUGGUGCCUGGAUCUAGCUCAGGCUGAGCCCUGGGCAAUGAUCCUCCCACAGUUGCUGCAGACCUGGAGCUCAGGCUGUCAGAGCGAAGCUGCCAGCCCUUGACCUGCCUCUGGAACAGCUUCCCUGCAGCACAGCCUGUGUCCUCCUCCUCCAACCUCCACCUCUCUGUUACAAGUCAAGCCAAGAGUGUAAAAGUCAUUUUUGAUAAUGUUUUUUUAAUUAAAGCUGUACAUUUUUCAGGUGCUGCUGAUCAAUGAGUGAAUUCACAGUGUUCCUAAGGCAAGAAUCUCCCCCUGCCCACCUUCAUUGCAGUGCUUUCAGCGCACCCUUUCCCAUGCAUAGCUUUAUAACACAGUGUUACACUAAACCAGGCAGCUUAUCCACAGCAGGAGGGACCACUGCUGACACGAGGUCAGUCCAAAGUGCUGAGAACAUCAACCCCGUAGCUCAGUGCAAAGGAGACCCGCUCUGUUUCUGUUGGGAACAUGCACAUCAGGCUGGGAGUGCACAAAGCAAGCUAAAUUAGCUGAAGAUUAAACAAUUGGGGCUCUACAUGAGUCUCUUCUCCAGUUACCAGCACGUUGCUAAAGCCAUCAGGAGGUUCUCCACUUGGAACAAACCAAGUCCUCAGCUCUACAGACACUCCAGCAUGUCAAGAACAGGGAGCUUGUUCUUGAGCUGCUGCUGCCAACAUGAGCAGAGCUGAUGCUGGUCCAGGAGCCCUCCCUGAGCACGUGGGGUUCAUCCUGCUCCCACUGUACAUAAACCUCCCAAGGAACACGCAGGUAACAUCUGCAAACAAUCCCAUUACAUUUAAACAGGGUAACUGAGGCAGCUUGUGCAGCAGGAUUCAUUCUAACACUAUAACUUAAGAAAAGGAAAGCCAAAAACCUUAGUUUAGCUUCUAGCAAAGGAAGAAACAGCUACAAACAAGGCAGCAGUGGGAACUGAUGCAAGCCACACGUGGAAGAUCCUGAAGUCAACUCUAUUCCAGUGUUAGGAGCAAUAUAGUUUAUAAUUGGCACUGUUUAAAACACCACCACAGGGGAAAGGAUGAUGGGAGCAGCUCCUCUGUGUUCUCUGGAGCUGUGCACAACAGGGGUAAGUGCAGCAGCACCAAGACAGUCACACACUGCACAUGGAGGUAGAGAAGAACCCGGAGCAGCCCAGGCCCUUCAGAGGGGAUUUCACAGCUAUUUACAGAGCUGCCAUCAAGCCCUGCUAUUUCCAUCCCAAAAAUAAAACUACUUUAUAACACACCUCCCACCACCUGCAUAAAAACAAGCUCUGCGCAUCAUUCACACUUAAAAACCCAAAACACAGUAGGUUCUGCACAACCUGAGGGAAGAGGCUGCAAACUGAAGAGGCUCAAGGGACCUCGCUGCUCCCCAGCUCUUGUUCUGAAGACAAGGCCACAGAAAUGCAGCUUUCAGCCAAGUGCUUCCCAGGUUUUCAUCCUGGAGGGGGGAAGCAGCAGUGGAUGCGGAGCAGCACCUUGGUGUUUGCUGCCUAAACGCUGCCCUGCCUUGAGAAGUGGUUUCUGAAGCUGCUGGGUUGGAGCAUGUGUCCCUCCAGGCCUCAUCUCCACCCAAGGGUGCUCUGUACGGGGUCAGUGGUUUGGAUGGCUCCCAUAAGGCAGUGGUUGUGUUACACAUCCCUACGCCACGUUCCUAUGUUGGCCUUCCAUAAAAAUGGGGAAUAAAAGGGGGAAAAAUACCCAAACCCCACUGCAAUGAGGGUUUGUGUUAGUCCAGGUCUGGAGUCAAGAUACUGCUGAACAC